CGGCCGCUCGCUAGGGAUCGAGGAAGCGGUGGCGCGCCAGCGGCGUUCCGCGGCGAUGCUGCGCUCGGCGCACGCCGCAGCUUCUUGCACGGAAGAGGAGCCCGCAGUGCCACGCCGUUCGACCGCCAGUUUCGACGCUGUUUCGAGUUGUUUUUUCGGCUGAGUGCUCACGCCGAUGAACGGCGGAGGCAGGAUUCUUGUGGCUCCGCGAUCGCCAGGACGUGGAAGAGGAACACCUCGGAGGACGGCGCGCUUGUCGACAGCCGUGCAACUCCCGGGAGUAGCAGCGACAUCGGGUUUCUACCAGACUCUUGUGCUCUGAAGGCAGGCGGACGUGUAUGCUGGGGAUGCCGUUUGCCGACUGACUGCGGGUUGGUUGGAAUUUUGCUAGGAGCCUUCCGGCAAGGGAGCACGUACGCACCGUCAUUUCAUCUUGAAGUACGAUUACGUGGCAUCUUUAUUCAAGCUUUGUCGCCUAAGUAUCAGGAAGAUAGGUUCCCCCGAAUGCUUACACUUUUACAAGCCAGAAGUACAAAUGAACCAAGCCUGAUUCCGUGUUCUGUGUGGCUGCUAGUUGCAAGGGGAAAGCUACUGGUGUUAAGCAAGUACCAGAAAGGAGAGCAGCGUGAGCUCUAUAACAAUUGCUAAGUGCUCGGUCGUCAGCCUUCUGGAGUAUCUCUGUACAGCCGUCUGGAGUAUCUCUGUAUUAUGUUGGAGUACUGAUUUGAGCAGCACGUAGACUCCGCUGUGUACAAUAUAUUUACUAAUGCAAGCAACCUUGCUUCUUUGCGACAAAAUGAAGAUAGGGACGCUCAUAUAAACAAAGUGAGCAAAUAUAAUGAGAGCCGUUGUGAAUCCAAGAAGGAAACGGCGUAUUCCUCACGAACUUCAGCGAGUGCAUGGCGAGAUCAAAUUUUGACAUGAUUGAAGAUAUGUACUGAUGAGAAGCUUGAUUCACUUCUAGUGAAACGACUGUGCCAAGCACACGAGAACAGUGAAAUCCGUCCGGCAGCAUUUGGCGACGUGAAUCAAGUGAACUGGUAUCAAUGAUCAUCCGCAAGGGAAAUAAAUCUCGCGCACCUGAAGGCAUCGGGCCGAUGGUAGCCCAAAUUUCACCCGGAUUUUGUUCCGUGCACCCACUUUUCUGCCCCCCAGACGUCACGACGGCGGCGCUGUUCCUUCCACCGCGGCACGCACACGUGUUGCACCACAAGACGUCGUGGCCAGUGUCCGUGGCGUGGGCGCUACUCUCCACACUGGUGGCUCUCAUGAGUCUCGUGAGCCUCGUUCAACCCGAGUGGCUGGUGCGCGAGCGGACGGACGUGUACAGGCCUCCUUUGACCUAUGACCCCGAUGACCUCGCGUACAUGCUGGGUCUCUACGGGGCCUGCUACCGAGACUCUGACGAUGCCAUCAGCGUGGCAGCGGUGAGGGGGGACGCGCUGUGCUUCAGGUUCGAUGACACACCUCCUGGUCACGAGGAACCACACGGAGGUGCCAGAUUCCCUUCCGUCACGUGGCGUGCCGGAUUCCUGCUGUUCAGCUCUGGGUCAGCCGUGCUCUGCAUCGGCGCCGUGCUUGCCAUCCUGUCGUUAGCGAUGCAGGGAACGACCAACAGAGUGGCUGCCGCCGCUGUCAUAGGACAUGCCCAAGCAGCUGGCGUGGUUCUGCAGGCGACGGCUCUUCUACUGUUCCCCUGGUUCCUGGCCACGCCCUUCGCACAGGCCCACUGCGGUGACGGCUCCGGAGCCUUUUCUCUCGGUCACUGCCGCCUUGGAUGGGCUUCGGUUCUCGCUGGUGUCAGCACACUGCUGGGACUCUACUGUCCGGUGUUGGUGCGCUUCGUUUCCUACCCAGUCUACGCACCGUGCUCUUGGAACGUGCUAUAGCUUCUGAAAAGCUCCAGUGGUGGCAUGUUGGAUCUCAGUGACUGAACGUCCCUCUUUGCUGAGCGAAAGGAGCAAACAUCCACUACGCAAGUGAUGCGCAGACAUUGGCGAGGCCACAAACGAGCUAAUAGCCAUCCACGAGUGCUAAUCGUAAACACGGAUUGUUUUCGAACACAAGCAUGCUUGCCGUGAGUACGUGUGACAAGGUUUCUUCAUUGAUCGGUUUCAACAAAGUCUAAAACCUGCAGUGGGGAGAUUUUGUAGCUCUUGCUGAUCGGAAGGUCUAGGUGCAGUGUCGUGUUUCUGCUUACCUUUGUAAAUUUUCUGUAGCAGCGAUGUCGAAGGACUGCUAUCACCGAUAUCAACUUCCGCAAAGGUGGAAACUUCCUGCACACAUUCGACCAAAUAUGUGCAUGAUAGUGCGAGUAGCACGUGAUAUCUUCUUCCCGGUCAUCGUGCAAGAGUGGAAAAGGCGGUUAUGUCGACCUUCGUGUGGGGAGAUCCCUCGCAGACUGGCACCGCUUGUUCUUGACAAUAAAGCUCUCAGUUAGGGAAAUUUAGGCACGUUAGACGCUUUUGAUAACUAAUCUCUCUUGGUAUGGAAAUUGUACUGAAAGCUACCUAGCUCAAAGUGAGCGGGGUGUCCAAGAUUCGUUGUGCAAAGCAUAAUGCUUGUUGGAUAAACCAGACCGACAAUUCGGCGUGCGCAUUGUAACAACAGAGGCGUCAGCGGGUAUUGUUCCCGAAGCUGCGUACGACAUGAAUCGUUGGUCAUCUAUGUAGUAAUAAUUAUUGUUUCUAUACUGAACAUAACAAAACGGCUUUGUGUGAGGCUUUUCAAGCGUAUACUAUAUGUUUUCAGAGACACAGCGCUCAGUAGCGUGCAAUAAGUUUCACGUAAACGAAAAAAACAUAUUUUUCGUGAAUAUGUCUGAAUUGCAAUAUUUUUGGCCGGAACCGUGCAGUAUCUGUGCUGAGUGGUGUGCGACAUGCUAGAAAUUAACCUCAAGCUGACGCUACGGCAUCCUUCGUAAGUUCUGCUUCGUACGAAGAGUGUGAAGGCGUAUCGGUGCUCAUUAAUAUGUUUCAAUAACGAGUGCACAUAGCAGUUCUAACAUAAAGAUUGCUAUAUGGAGCGUGAGAAAGGUGCUGUGACGUAUUUUACAUAUAUGUCAACCCUUUGGUACAAAACAGUGUGGCAGAGGCCGGAUACAUCGAAUAAAGAAUG